UUGGUUUCUUGAACGUGAUUGGUUGCUUUGACAGUUUUCUUGUUUUCUUGCUCUUAGCUUGCAUGAAGUGUUGAAUUUUUCAUUUUUCUGGUUGUUUAAAAGUUUUAAAAUAUUGUAGACUCUUCCGAAUAAUUGUUGUAGGCCUGGAAAUAAAUUAGUUACAUAUCGUGUUUUUUCUUCAAUUUCCAGGUCUUACGACGAGUUGGAAUUAACUGUACAGCAAAAUGUCACCAAUUCCAAUGCCAGGGGUCACUUCGACCAUGUCUCUGGACAACAUGCUGUGUGCCCGUUGUGGCGACGGUUUCGAGCCGCAUGAAAAAAUCGUCAAUUCUACUGGACAACUGUGGCACCAGCAGUGUUUUGUCUGUGCCCAGUGCUUCCAAGAGUUUGAUGAUGGGAUUUUUUACGAGUAUGACGAUCGCAAGUACUGCGAGAGAGAUUUCCAGAUUCUCUUUGCUCCGUGUUGUGGAAAGUGUAAUAAUUUUAUCAUCGGGCGGGUCAUCAAGGCCAUGAAUGCCAGCUGGCAUCCGGAAUGUUUCCGUUGCGAGAUGUGCGAGACGGAAUUGGCGGAUACUGGAUUUAUUAAAAAUGCAGGACGGGCUUUAUGUCAUGAAUGCAAUGCCAAGGUUAAAGCCAUAGGGUCGGGGAAACACGUCUGCCACAAGUGCCAUGCUUUGAUCGACGACAAGCCGCUGAAAUUCCGCGGUGAAAUGUACCACCCGUACCAUUUCAAUUGUACCAACUGUGGAGUUGAGCUUGACUACACAGCCAGAGAAGUGAGAAGUCGUCCUGGCUUUGCAGCAAACGACAUGAACGAGUUAUACUGUCUUCGCUGUCACGACAAAAUGGGGAUUCCCAUAUGUGGUGCUUGUCGGCGCCCAAUCGAAGAACGUGUCGUCACAGCCCUUGGCAAACACUGGCAUGUUGAACAUUUCGUUUGCGCCAAAUGCGAGAAACCGUUCUUCGGUCAUCGCCACUACGAAAAAAAGGGCUUGGCUUAUUGCGAGACACACUACCACCAACUUUUCGGGAAUUUGUGCUUCGUUUGCAACCAAGUCAUCGCAGGGGAUGUUUUUACAGCGCUGAAUAAAGCGUGGUGUGUUCACCACUUCGCCUGUUCGGUUUGCGACCAGAAAAUGAACCAGAAGACGAAGUUCUACGAGUGCGACCUUAAACCGGUAUGUAAAAAAUGUUACGAUAAAUUUCCCACUGAGUUGAGAAGGAGGCUAAAGCGGCAACACGAGGCCAUGCCGCAAAGAAAAGCGGCAACGCCAACUUAAUUUGUGCCUUAAUCUACAUUUCAACUAUGAAUAAAAAAAUAAUUUUUUACUACUCUACUACUCAUACUAAUGUGGUGGCAACACUGAACUUGAUAAUUAUUGAGUGUCACUCAGAAAAAAUAAGGAAUAAAGUACGUAAAAAUAUAGAUAUUGUAGUUGCUUCAGUUGUUCAAACUGAUUUCAUGACCUGCCUAAAAACAUUAUUAUUUAUAUAGACAUACUGGUGCUCGAUUUUUAUAAUAAUUGUGUCGAAGUAUCGUUAACAUUUAAAUUCAUUUAACAUUGACAUAGUCAUUAAUAAAAGGCUUAUAAUAC